AUGAGCAGCGAAGCAGGCAUGAUCGACUUUCCGUCCAGGCCAGCGGGGCAGGGCGCGACGCCGCAGGGACUCGGGACGCUCAGGACUCCCAGCGCUGGAGGCGUGGCAGACUCGCAGGCGGGCUUUGGGCAGCGCGGGCAGACUGGCCCGAUUCGCAGCGCCCGCCGCUUCGAGUCCUCCCGCCCCAGCAUGGCGCUCAGUGCCCCUCAACCUCCCUCCCAAACCCCUCAAGCGACUCCCUCGACCGUCUUCCCCGCGCUGCACCUCACCCCUCUCAACGGCACCUUCACACCGAAGCAGAUCUCGCUCGACCCGCCCGGAUCGCGCGUCAAGAUUGGGCGACAGACGAACGCCAAGACCAUCCCGAAUGGCACGAACGGCUACUUUGAUUCGAAGGUCCUCAGUCGUGCGCAUGCAGAGGUGUGGAGUGAGGAGGGAAAGGUCUUCAUUAAGGACGUCAAGUCGUCGAACGGCACCUUCAUCAACGGCGAGCGACUGUCUGCCGAGUCGACCGAGAGCGACGUCUACGAGCUGCACACGGACGACAUCGUUGAAUUCGGCAUCGACAUCCUCACCGAGGACACGAAGCAGGUCGUGCAUCACAAGGUUGCGGCAAAGGUUCACCUGGUCAUGAACCCGGAAGACGCUAUCGCCAGCUCUCGCGAGAUCAACAACUGGUACCGCUCGAGCGAGCAGAUCCCUCGCGCUCGUCCGCCACCUCGAACGACGCCCGCUCAGAACGGUCUGAGCUUCGAGCACGUCCUGAGUAGACUCCAGGGCGAACUGCAAAAGUCGCGCGACACGGGCGCCAACCUGACGGACGUCAAGUCGACCCUCGGACAGGUACACGACACGCUCGGCGGCGGUCCUCCUCCCCCUAUCCCUCCCAACGCCGGUGUCCCUCCUCGACCCGGCACUUCCGCCGCAGCUUCUGAAGCGCACGCCCAGUCCAUUGCCGCCCUCCAAGCGCAACUCACCGAGACUCAGACUUCGCUUCAAUCGCAUGUCGGCAAGAUUCGCGACUUGGAAGGGUUGUUGGCGGAGCAUGACACGAUUAAGCGCGAGGUUGGGACGUUGAGGGCGCAGAUGGAGGAGGCGCAGUUGAGCAUGAGUCGGAUGAUGCAUGAGCGGGAGGGCAAGGGAGCGGGAGGGGUGCUCAAGGCUGGCCAGACGAACGGACGCGAGUCGCCGAUCGCCAAGAUGCUCGAGGCGGAGGAGGGAGACGAGCCUGCGCACGACGACGAUGACGUUCGGAGCGUCUCGUCGGUCGACACGAUCGUUGCGCGGCCGAGCAAGACGAACGGCGCUUCGCACGAUGACGACGAAGCCGACGAGUUGGCUCCAACCGGUCCCUCGCCCCUCUCGGACGAUCUCGACGCUCCCUCAGACCACCACGAGGGGCACGAGCACGUCAAGCCUCUCGCCAACCUCGCCCGCUCCGCUGGCUCAGCUCAGCACGAAGACCCGGCCCGCGAGCGCCUUCUCCAGGAGCAGAACUCUAAGCUUCUGGCGCGACUCGAGGCUCUCGCUGUCGAGCUCGACGAGGCGACCACGCUUGGCGAGUCCUUGCGCUCGCAGCACGCCGAAGCGUCUUCGACCAUCAAGGCUCUGGAGGACCGCAUUGCGACACUGGAGAAGGCUGUCGACUCGCGUGUCGCUGAAGCUGAGAGACGCGUCCUGAAGGAGGCGGAGGAGAAGUGGGCGGCUUGGCGGAACAAGUUUGAGCAGAGUUGGAAGACGGAGCGGGAGACGUGGGAGGGCGAGCGGCAGGCUUUGAAAAAGAUGGUCGAGGAAUGGGAGGAGCGGAAGAAGCUCGAGGCGGAGAUGGCUGCGGCCGAGGACGAGGAUGAGGAGGACACGAGCGAUUCGUCAGCUUCGGACGGCUCAGACGAGGGCGUCGACCUCGGCACCGCCGGAUCUGCGGACGCCGUCGCCGCUUCCUCCUCCUCCGCCUCAACGUCGACGCCGAGCGGUAGCAAGUCGCAUUCGACCUCGUCGUCGCCGAAGAAGGCCCGCUCCGCCCGCCGACGGAAACGCUCGUCGCUCACGCCCGUUCCUCCCUCAACUUCCGCGUCAUCCGCCUUGCCGAGGGCUUCCAAGCUCUCGCGGUCUAUUGGAGGCGGCCUCGCCAGCGACUCGGACUCGACUAUCGGCGAGGUGAGCGGGCGGCUGGGAGCAGAGGGUUUCGGCGGGCGGCAGGCAGGCUCAUUCAGCGGCGCGAAGGGCGUACAUGGCGGCGAAGGCCAGACACAGCAAGGCCUGCCGUUCACGCUCGCCGGAGCAGUCGUAGUUCUCGCCGUUGCGGUCGGGUACGGCGCAGCCAUGAAGCUCAAGGAGUAA